AUGCCUAACGAAUCUAUCUCACCAACAUCUUCUACACCUUCAUCUCCACCCUACUACGUUCUAUCAUCUGACUCAAAACCUUCUGACCCUCAAUCCCCCACACUAGAUCAACUUCAGGCUCAUGCUUUUACCUCACAACAACAACCUGAACCAGAAGCCAACACUCCACCUGAACAACCAAUUCCACCAUCUUCUGAACAACCACAAACACCACCAUCUGAACAACCACCAAAUUCACCACCUGAACAACCCACAACACCACCCUCUGAAACCCCCAUCUUACCACCCUCUAAAAAUGUUAUCAUCCCUACCUCUCCAACUCCCACUGACACUACCCAAACACCACCAACAUCUCCAUCCCCCAACCCAGAACCAAAACCUACCUUCCCCACCUUAGAAGAAGUAAUCGCUUUAUUUGCUGAGUCUUCAGUGGAGAAGAUCAAUAGAGAAGCUGCAGAGAAGGCUGCUGCUAAAGUUACUGCGGCUGCUGCUGAAGCUGAGGCAAAAGCAAAAGCCGAAGUUGAAGAAGCAGUACGUAUAGCUAUAGAAGAAGCUGCAAAGAAACAUGAAAUGGAACUUAAAAGACUUGCCAUUGAUGAAGAAGGGGAAAAUAAAAAUAAAAGUCUAGCACUUAAAGGUGAAGAAUCCAACUCAGAUGAUGACAUGGCCCUCAUAGUAAAGAAAUUCAAGAGAUUUAUAAAGAAGGAGAAAGAGCAAGCAUAA